AUGGAUUUCAUUGUGCGCCUCACAGAAAGAAAAGCAGUUUCAUUUGUAGAUCUUACAGGGAAACAAAGAACUUCAACAAGGAGUCCCGACAAACAUCUUACGCUCCCCCCGUGCGCCGCGGGAAAAGACGAGCGAAAGGGGAGAAACCCCGGCGCUCGCUGGCUGCGAGGAGGGGCCCGGGGGCGCCCAGCGGCUGCCGGGCCGGGAAGCGCGGCCCCGCCGGCGGACGGGCCUCUCCCGCGGGGCCAAGCCCGGCGGGGACGCGGAGAGGGGCGCGACGGCCGGGCCGGGCCGGGCCGGGCCGGGCAGCGGGCCUGCCCCGCACGGUCCUGCGGCGGCGCCUGGGAAGCAAAGGCGGCGCCGGCCCCCGCGCAGGCGGUGCGCGCCUCGCUCCCGGCGAGCGCCGGCGUCAGCAUCUCCUGCCGCCCCCCGUGCCGCCGAAGGGAGGCUGGGGAAGCCGUGGGAGGGGGCACUGCGGUUCGCUCCGGCUGGCGAGGGAGGAGGGGAGAAACAUUUUGGGGUUGUCGGUUGUUUGCUGGCUUUUCUCGUUUGGGUGAUGGGACAGAACGCACACUCAGUGAGGUUGCUGAUGAUGUAAAACUGGGAGGAGACAUUGAUACGCCAAAGAGUUGUGGCAUUCAGGGGCACUUCAACAGGCCAGAGAAAUGGGCUGACAGGAACCUCAUGAAGUUCAACACUGGGAAAUACGAAGUCCCGAACCUGGGGAGGAAUAAAUCCAGGCACCAAUACACGCUGGGGGGUGACCAGCUUGAAAGCAUCUCUGCAGAAAAGGACUUUGAGUCCUGAUGGACACCAAGCUGAUCAUGAGCCAGCAACGUGCCUUUGCAACACAUUGACAACCUGGGUUGCAUUAGGAUAAGCAUUGCUAGCAGGUCAAGAGAGGUGAUCCUUCCCCUCUGCAAAGCCCUAGUGAAACACAUCUGGAAUGCUGGGUCCCAAGCUAGGCUCUCCAGUACAAGAGACAUGGACAUACUGGAGUGAGUCCAGCAAAGGACCACAAAGAUGAUUAAGGGACUGGAGCAUCUAUCAUAUGAGCAGAGGCUGAUAGAGCUGGAACUGUUCAUCCUGGAGCAGAGAAGGCUCAGGGACAUCUUAUCGACAUGUAUAAAUACCUGAUGGGAGAAGUAAAGAAGACAGAACCAAAGUCUUACCAAAGAGAGGUAAUGGGCACAAGCUGAAAUACAUGAAUUUCAUUUAACGUAAGAAACCACUUUAUUAUUGUGAGGGUGGUUGAACACCAGAACAGGCUGCCCACAAAGGUUGUGGAGUCUCCAUCCCUGGAAACAAUCAAAACCCAACUGGACAUGGACCUGAGCAACCUGCUCUGGCUAACGCUGCUCUGAGCAGGGAGUUGGACAAGGUGGUCUCCAGAUACCCCUUCCCUCCUCAGUCAAUCUCUCAGUCUGUACAUUAGGCACUAUGCUAAACUUCAUGGUAAAACAAAACACAGUUGCAUGUUCACUGUUUUCCACUACCAGAACUAUUUC